GGGUGCUCUGUUCGGUUUGGGGCGUCAGGACAGCAGCUCACAUUCUCAUUUCUGUAGGAGUUUGUGGGUGUCUUUUGGAGGAGAGACACAUGAAGAUGAAAUUAAACACCUCACAGUGUGGUCUCCACGUAGGGGCUCAGUGUUCCUGUCUUUUCUUUGACCAAAGACAGGAGAGUUGGCCUUUUCCUCCUUUCCAGAUCCUUCUGACUGUGACUGUGAGGGGAGCUGAUUAAGAGGCUGUGCUGACUUCUUUGAAGGCACGUUCUGUGACUCCUCAACGUAUUGUCACCUGAGAAAACACCCCACACCCUGAUCAGGACCAGGACCAAAUGGCUGCUUCCCAGGAACCGUUGUCCUUCAUGGAUGUGGCCAUAGAUUUCUCUCAGGAGGAGUGGGAAUGCCUGGACCCAGCUCAGCGGAAAUUGUACAUGGAUGUGAUGUUGGAGAACUACAGCAACCUGGUCUCCGUGGCUAUGUCAUCUGAAGAUGAACAUGCCCUUAUGCCAAAGACCAGAAUACAAGACUUAUUCUCUGAAUUGAUACUGAGUACACAUAAUGGAGACAGUUGUGAUCAAUGGAAUGAAAACUGGAAAAAAUUUAAGCAAGACUCAUAUCUUAAUCAUUGGAGAAGCGAGUUUGCAGAGGACCAUUAUGAACGUGGAAGAGUCUCUGACCCAAGGUGCAAUCACAAAAUACGUGAGGUUAUUCCUAUUGUGGAGAUGACACACAAAGGAAAUAAAUGUGUCCAGUCUUUUCAACCAUCUACAAAUUACACUGAACAAGAGAAUAUUCAUCCUGGGGAGAAAGCUGACAAAUGGAAUCCUCGUGGUAUAAUCUCCAGUCAAAUAUUCAAGACAAAAAUCCACAGUGGAAAAAAAUCUUACAAAUGUAGAGAAAGAGAAUGUGAAAGGAUUCCUUAACUCCUCGAACCUGAAUCAACAUCGGAAAAUUCAUAAUGGAGAGAAACAUUACAAUUGUAGAGAAUGUGGCAAGGCCUUUAGAUGGUUCUCACACCUUACUACGCAUCAGAGAGUUCUCAUUGGAGAGAAGCCUUACAAAUGUAGAGAAUGUGGCAAAGCUUUUAGCAAUUUUUACUCUCUUAAUACACAUCUGAGAGUUCAUACAGGAGAGAAACCUUAUAAAUGUAAUGAAUGUGUCAAAGCCUUUAGGAAUUACUCGGGCUGUAUAAACCAUCAGAGAAUUCAUACGGGAGAGAAGCC